AUUACUGGCUGCGUUCGGCAUUCUUCGGCCGUCAUCCGAAUCGCUGUUCGUUGUACGCAAACCAAGAUUGCCGAACUCGUCAUUCGUUCAGCUGAAAUAAGCGGGUUAGCCGGCGAACUGAUUCUAUAGUCUCUACCACUGUUUCAUAGUUUCCUUUGAGCACCACACGGCAGUAAAAAAAAUACAAAGUGUAAAAAUGUUUGUACAAACCGCCUCACGUAUCGCUCCAGUUGCAAGAACCGCUCUCAGCGGCUCAUUCAUGCGACCAUUGAGCAGUGCUGUCAUCAGCCAAAGUCAAACAUUAGCUGCUCAAAACACAACCCCAGUGGCCCUUCUCCCACAAGUUCGGUCAUUCCAAACUACAGCCGUGACUCGCGAUAUCGAUUCCGCCGCCAAAUUCAUUGGUGCUGGUGCCGCUACCGUUGGUUGUGCUGGCUCAGGUGCUGGUAUUGGAACAGUUUUCGGAUCUCUCAUCAUCGGUUAUGCCAGAAAUCCAUCACUUAAACAACAACUUUUCUCCUAUGCCAUCUUGGGAUUCGCUUUGUCCGAAGCCAUGGGUCUUUUCUGUCUCAUGAUGUCGUUCUUGUUGCUCUUCGCUUUCUAAGGAGUUCAUCAUUAGUUUUCUAAUUCAACAACAAAAACAAAAACAAAAACAAAAACAAAAGAAUCAAUACGCAUCCGAAUAACAAACAGAAAACCAACAAUAAAAGCAGAUUAACAAACAUCCGAACAGAAAAAAAAAUUGCAAAAAGAAGAUGAGAGAAAAAAAAAGAAAAUGAAUACAGAAAAGAUCUAAAUCAGCAUCAUUCGGCCGUUUAGUAAUCGCAUGCAUAUGGACAUCGGCAGAGGCGAAUCGAACGGGAUACACUGAGUCAGACACUGUCAAAAUGUAGACCGUUUUAAAAAACAAACGAAUUCGAUAUUUGUUCAAACAAAAAAAAAAUUCAGCCUGUUAUUUUCUGUUUAAAUUCAAAUUAAACCUGAAUAAAAUGAGAAUCGAUUCGAAUAGAUAACA